GCGGGGCCGGAGCGGCGCGGACAUGGCUGGCCGCGCGCGCAGCCUGCUAGUUCUCCUCCUGACUUUGCAAGGCAGCUGCUUGGGUUUCAGAAGCCCACUUUCUGUCUUUAAGAGGUUUAAAGAAACUACCAGACCAUUUGCCAAUGAGUGUCUUGGUACCACCAGACCAGUAAUUCCUAUUGAUUCAUCAGAUUUUGCGUUGGAUAUUCGCAUGCCUGGGGUCACACCUAAACAGUCUGAUACAUACUUCUGCAUGUCAAUGCGUUUGCCGGUGGAUGAGGAAGCCUUCGUGAUUGACUUCAAACCUCGGGCCAGCAUGGAUACUGUCCAUCAUAUGUUACUUUUUGGAUGUAACAUGCCUUCCUCCACUGGAAGUUACUGGUUUUGUGAUGAAGGAACCUGCACAGAUAAAGCCAAUAUUCUGUAUGCYUGGGCAAGAAAUGCUCCUCCUACCAGGCUUCCCAAAGGUGUUGGAUUCAGAGUUGGAGGAGAGACUGGAAGCAAAUACUUUGUACUACAAGUACACUAUGGAGAUAUUAGUGCUUUUAGRGAUAACCACAAGGACUGUUCUGGCGUGUCUUUACACCUCACACGUCUGCCACAGCCUUUAAUUGCUGGCAUGUACCUUAUGAUGUCUGUUGACACUGUUAUACCACCAGGAGAGAAAGUGGUGAAUUCUGAUAUUUCAUGCCAUUAUAAAACGUACCCAAUGCAUGUUUUUGCCUACAGAGUUCAUACUCACCAUUUAGGUAAGGUAGUAAGUGGAUACAGAGUAAGAAAUGGACAAUGGACAUUAAUUGGACGCCAGAGCCCCCAGCUGCCACAGGCUUUUUACCCUGUGGAACAUCCAGUGGAUGUUAGUUUUGGUGACAUACUAGCAGCAAGAUGUGUAUUCACUGGUGAGGGCAGGACAGAAGCCACACACAUUGGUGGCACAUCUAGUGAUGAAAUGUGUAACUUAUACAUUAUGUAUUACAUGGAAGCCAAGCAUGCAGUUUCUUUCAUGACUUGUACACAGAAUGUAGCUCAAGAUAUAUUCAGAACUAUACCACCAGAGGCCAAUAUUCCAAUUCCUGUGAAGUCCGACAUGGUGAUGAUGCAUGGGCAUCACAAAGAAACAGAGAAUAAAGAUAAGACUGCUUUACUACCACAGCCAAAACGGGAAGAAGAAGAAGUGUUAGACCAGGGUGAUUUCUAUUCACUGCUUUCCAAGCUGCUAGGAGAAAGGGAAGAUGUUGUUCAUGUGCACAAAUAUAAUCCUACAGAAAAGGCAGAAUCAGAAUCAGACCUGGUAGCUGAGAUUGCAAACGUAGUCCAAAAAAAGGAUCUUGGUCGGUCUGAUGCCAGAGAGGGUGCAGAACAUGAGGAAAGGGGCAAUUCUGUUCUUGUCAGAGACAGAAUUCACAAAUUCCACAGACUAGAAUCUAACUUGAGGCCAGCAGAGAGCAGAGCUUUCUCAUUACAGCAGCCCCUUUCUGGUGAAAGUACCCGGGAACCAGAACACACAGGAGAUUUCCAUGUAGAGGAGGCACUGGAUUGGCCUGGAGUUUUUCUGUUGCCAGGCCAGGUUUCUGGGGUGGCUCUGGACUCUAAGAAUAACUUGGUGAUUUUCCACAGAGGAGACCAUGUCUGGGAUGGAAAUUGCAGGUUUUACUUGCCACAUGGCUUGAGUAUAGACAAAGAUGGAAAUUACUGGGUCACAGAUGUGGCUCUCCAUCAGGUAUUCAAACUGGAUCCAAACAGUAAAGAAGGCCCUCUCUUAGUCUUGGGAAGGAGCAUGCAACCAGGAAAUGAUCAAAAUCACUUCUGCCAGCCCACUGAUGUGGCUGUGGAUCCAGGCACUGGGGCCAUCUAUGUGUCAGAUGGUUACUGCAACAGCCGGAUUGUGCAGUUUUCACCAACUGGAAAGUUCAUCACACAGUGGGGAGAAGCAUCUUCAGGGAGCAGUCCUAAACCUGGCCAGUUCAGAGUUCCUCACAGCUUGGCCCUUGUGCCUCAUUUKCGCCAGUUGUGUGUGGCAGACAGGGAAAAUGGCCGGAUCCAGUGUUUUAAAACUGACACCAAAGAAUUUGUGAGAGAGAUUAAGCAUGCAUCAUUUGGAAGAAAUGUGUUUGCAAUUUCCUAUAUACCAGGUUUGCUCUUUGCAGUGAAUGGGAAGCCUUUCUUUGGGGACCAAGAACCUCUUCAAGGAUUUGUGAUGAACUUUUCUACUGGGGAAAUUAUAGAUGUCUUCAAGCCACUUCGCAAGCACUUUGACAUGCCUCAUGAUAUUGUUGCAUCUGAAGAUGGGACCGUGUACAUUGGAGACGCUCACAUCAACACCGUGUGGAAGUUCACCUUGAAUGAAAAAAUAGAACAUCGAUCCGUUAAAAAGGCUGGCAUCGAGGUCCAGGAAAUCAAAGAAGCCGAGGCAGUUGUUGAAACCAAAAUGGACAACAAACCCACCUCCUCAGAAUUGCAGAAGAUUCAAGAGAAACAGAAACUGAUCAAAGAGCCAGGCUCGGGAGUACCCGUUGUUCUCAUUACAACCCUUCUGGUUAUUCCUGUGGUUGUCCUGCUGGCCAUUGCCUUAUUUAUUCGGUGGAAAAAAUCAAGGGCCUUUGGAGAUUCUGAACACAAACUUGAGGCAAGUUCAGGAAGAGUGCUGGGAAGAUUUAGAGGAAAGGGAAGUGGAGGUUUAAACCUUGGAAAUUUCUUUGCCAGCCGUAAAGGCUAUAGUCGAAAAGGGUUUGACCGCCUCAGCACCGAGGGCAGUGACCAAGAGAAAGAUGAGGAUGAUGGAAGCGAAUCAGAAGAGGAGUAUUCAGCACCUCUGCCUGCACCACCACCUCCCUCUUCCUGAAAACCGGGCUUUGGUUUAGGUUGAAUGAGAUUUACUAAGAAUACCAGAUUCCUUUCCCUUCAGCACGUUUAAAGUUUUGUGCAUUUAAUUGUAUAUGUACUAGUCUAUGUGGGACUGUACACAUUUUAUUUUAUUUCAUUUGGUUAAGUUGGCUUCUGUUUUUAAUUGAGGAGUUUCCUAAAAGUUCAUAAGAGUGCCAUUGUCUUUAUAUGAAUAUAGAAUAGAAAAGCAGUCCUCUUCUUCCAUUAUAGUACUAAUCUAAAGAUGGAAGUUUGCUCAUUUACAUUUUUGAGACUUUUUUGUGGAUGUAAAUAGCCCCAUUCUCUGCUUGGACACAGUAUUCUCCCAAUAGCACUCCCAUUGCCAGCGUCUUUCUUUGGUGCCUUUCCUGUUCAGCAUUCUCAGCCUGUGGCAGUAAAGAGAAACUUUGUGCUACAUGACGACAAAGCUGCUAAAUCUUCUUCUAUUUUUUUAAAAUCACUAACAUUAUAUUGCAAUGAAAGAAAGAAAAAAAGUCUCUAUUUAAAUUCUUUUUUUAAUUUUCUCCUUGGUUGGUGUAUUUCUGGGAUGUCUUAUUUUUAGAUGGUUACACUGUUAGAACACUAUUUUCAGAAUCUGAAUGUAAUUUGUGUAAUAAAGUGUUUUCAGAGCAUUA